UCAUCUCUUUUCCAAUCUCUCAACAAAAAAUCCCACAACACAACCCGAAUUAAGACAGAGACAAUGGCACUACCCUUGCGCUCCAUUCUCGCUCCAAAUGAAACAGAAUUCUCCGGUGAUUUCACCGCCGAAACCAUUAUGCCGCUGAUCAAUCGGGCGCUUCCACUCGCUCGUACUCUAAACCCGCAGUUACCCCGCGUAGUCGUGGGCCGAGGAUCCUCAGGUCGGACCUUCUUAGGCGUCAAUGUGGACUUACGAGGUCUGCCUCUUCACUACUCUAUCCACGCCGAGCAGUUCCUUGUCGUCAACCUCGCCCUCCACAACGAGCGAAAACUCAACUGCUUAGCCAUCUUCGCUGGCGGCACCUUCUUCUACGCGCCAUGCGGCCACUGCUGCCACUUUCUUCAAGAAAUCCGAGAUGCGUCUAAUACCCAAAUCUUGAUCACGGACCCAUUAUUCCGCCAGAACUCCAUGCCUCUUUCGACCUUCCUUCCGCAAAAAUAUUUCUCCGUCUACAAUGAGGUCCCGGAAUACUUCGCUCGCCUUCUCGACCACAAUCGCCGUAACGGCCUCACCCUCAUUGAUCCCAAUCCCAUCAGAGAGAUCUGCGUUAAUUCCGACAGUUGUAACCAUCUAAAGUGCAGGGCUCUAAACGCGGCUAACCGAUCGUACGCGCCGUAUAGCAAUUGUCCGUCUGGAGUGGCGCUGAUGGAUCACCAAGGGAAAGUGUACAGCGGAUGGUACAUGGAAUCAGUGGCGUAUAACCCUAGUUUGGGGCCAGUACAGAAUUACAAGGAAUCUGCCGCGUUAUAUAAAUUUGCCCAAUUGGGGCCAGUACAAGCUGCACUGGUUGACUUCGUGACUAAUGGUGGCGGUCACGAGUUCGAUAAGAUAGUCCAAGCGGUGCUGGUGGAGAAGAGAGUUGCGAUGUUUAGUCAAGUGGCCAGGGCGAGGAAGAUUAUAAAGAAGAUAGCCCACGACAGCUGCGUUUUCAAAGUCUUACAUUGCCCGGAGCCGGAUAUGGAAGCAGUCGACGAACCACCGCUGCGCAAACGGAAAGUUGAAGAGACCAUCGUGUCGCAUGAUGUAGUUAGUAGCGGCUUUAUAUCGGAAGAAGAAUGGGAUUUGAUGUUGACAUACGUAUUCCGAGUAGUUUUCUUUGUGUACAAUAGUGCUAACAAUGAUUACUAUCGUGAUGCUGACAUUGUUGGCAUUUGCGCUAGAGUGGGACUCCAUUGGUACAACUUUCACAAGGGCUCAAACCUUAUGUUGAUGCACGUAGAUAAAUAUAAUUCUAGAUUCUGUGCGCUUAUGACUUACCAUAUAACUGCUGAGGCUGUUGAUCCGGACAACGACUCACAUUUCACUUUCCAGACAUGUGUUACACAAGCUACAUGUAAAAACGAUGAAGACCUGAGGAUACUGACUGAAGUUUGUAGAAUAAAACCCAAGAUUCAAGGUAUUGGAGACAAACCAAAGCGAUGGAAUGGCGAAGCAAUUGAUGAUUUCUACAAAGGCAAUCUACCUAAGUGGAUAUCGGAUGAUGCUUUGAUGCCAUGCAGUGAGCAAGAUCAGUUUUAUGAGGUGCAAGAGUCAGAGAUCCGAGAACACAACUGGCUUAAUCUAUACACUGAAAUCGCGUUAUACUCGCUGUGGGAAGGAGACUUGAGGCUCGAGUCUUGUGUGCCGCUGCAGAUUAUGAAGGUCAUUGUAGAGACUCGUGAAGCUGUUGAGUCAAAGGAAAAGUUGAUGGCUGGAAAUGCAAUCUUCUACAUUAGUUUCAGAUACUCGAAUGCUCCUCAUGGUCCACCUCAAGAUCACAGAGCCAUUGUAAGAAGAACAGUCGAUGGGAUUCCAGGACAUGUUAGUCUUGAGUUUAAGUGUUGGCUCCAGGAUCUGUGAAAAGACAAUCCAGUUCUCGAAGAAAACUAUUAUCGUCAAGUUCGUGAAUCUGGCUUCAGAUUCUUUACAUGACAUUGUUAUUAGUGUUGAGAGAGUGGCACAUUCUUUAUAAACAAGAUUUCAGAAG